AUGGUGCAGUCUGAUGUUCCACAAGGUAGAACUAAAUCAGGUAAAGUUAAUGCAAGAUGGUAUCUACAAAGAUUACGAGCAUCGGCUAAUAGUCGUCAAAAAUCUUCAAAUAAUUAUUUUGAUAAUGAUAUUAAUAUAAAUAAGACAAAUAGACAUGAUACAAUACGAGUUGUACGUGGAAGUACAGCGACACAAGGUCAACAUAUUCCAAGAAUAUUUCUUAAAUCACCAACAAGAUUCUAUGAAAAUGAAUCAAUUAAACAGCAAUCUCCUGAUAAUCGCCGUUCAAAUUCCAUUCAUAUAACAUCAGCUACAUCUUUAAAAUCGACAUCAACUAUAAAUAAAAAAUCUUCUUCUUUAAAUGAAUUUAAUUCUUCUAGUUAUCAAUCAAUAAGAAAAAGAAUUUCAAAAGAUGAAAAAGAAAAUUUAUCCGAACGUCGAAGUUCCUCUGGUACACUUCAAUCUAUCAAAGUUGAUUUAAUAGCUCGUCCGCCAAGUACGCCUGUUGAUCCACGUUGUCAUCGAGCUUAUUCAUCGACAACAAAUCCAAUUGAUCGUCAAACAUGUUCAUUACUUGGACCACAAUUAUGUUCCGAUUGUAUUGAAAUACAAAUACGAGGUAAUUUAUCACCCGAACGUUUACCAGCCAAUGUAAUGAAUCAACGUUUAUCAGCAUUAGCUUUGAGACGUUUUUUAAAAAAUGAAGAAAAUUUAACUGAUGAUGAUUUAUUAAAAUUAGUUAAUAAUCAACAAAUACAAAUGAAAAAUAAAAACCAAAAUGAAAUUAAUUCUUCAAUUAUAUCUGACGAUGAAUAUUUUGAUCGUUUAUCAUCAUCAUUUAGUCAAAAUAAAAAUGAAAGACCAUUUUAUUUCAAAGAUUUAAAAGAUUUUUCUCAAAAAUAUCAAACAAAUAAAUAUGAACGCUUAUUAUUAAGUGAAACUCCAGCUCCACAAUCAGCUAAUCCAAUAUUUAAGCAAAGUUCAUUUGAAAAAUUUGAUGUAUCAUCAAAAUAUUCUUUUAUGACAAAAGCUUCAACUAUAAAACCAAAUUUAAAAUCAAAUAUAUUAACAUUUUUAUCGACAAGAAAAAUUGAACAACUUUAUAAAGACGAUCGAUAUUUAAAUGAUUCUUCUCCGCCAUUACUUUUACAAGCAUUACAAGAAACUGUUCGAAAAAAUUCAAACAAGAAUUUACUUAAUAAAUAUAUAUCAUCUUCAAAUAGAAAUCAAAUACCAAACAGAUCAUUGAUUUCAUCAAAAUCUUCUCAUCGACAAACUCUUGACGUUUAA